AUGGCUGCGCCAACUCCACCAUUGCCUCCACCACCCUUGGUGCCUCGUUGGGUCCCUAAAAGAGGCCGAGUUCUGAAGGAAUCUUUAAAGAUAAUAUGCUCCUUCUUUGGACACUGUUUUGGAAAACAGAGCACCUCCCCUUCAUCAACAUCGAGGGUAGGUCAUGUACGGGGUCCCACAUGUCGGAUAUUGUAUCGGGAUUCGUGA